CGAGCUGAGAUGAAACGCUCGUGGUUCCCUCAUCUCAUAAGGUGAACGAAUGCAGUAGAAACGCAUCGAAUCGAGCACGCAAUGACCGGUCAGAUGAGAAUAUCGUGAGGGAUGUGUGAGAGAGCAGGGUCUGCUCUGAGGAGCCCCUGAUGUCCGAGCAGACUCACUAUUUGUUGAUGAGCUCAGUGGUUGUUUGCGCAGUGAGUGAAGUUUGGCUCUGGAAUUCAAACGCUCCAUCACAGAAAUGAUUCAGAUCACCGAAAAAGCAGAAGAAUCACGCCGCGACAGGGGGUGCCUUGCUUCUUAGAGGGUGUAAUGCUCAUUUUCACCUUAAGGAUGUGUAACUGACGGCAUCCCUCAGAUCCAGAGAGGCUGUGGGGAAAGAGGACUGUCCUGUGGUCCUGCUUGCAGAUUCACUCCCAAUUUCUAGCGGAUUCAGUCACCAACGAGCGAGUCUCGCGCUUCUGUUUAUCGAGGAAGAGUCAUGGAUAAUUCAUAAACAUGCAAACCACUGGAUUAAUUUGAUUCAUAUGGUUCUGUGGUUGAACUUAAAGGAUUCGUCGGUGGGAAUAAUUAUCCACAUUUCCAACCUGGCUGGUGAGAGGAGGACUGUUGCAAUGUCAUCCCAUUCAACAUCUUUGGAGCUUUGUGGAAGAGGGAUGCUGGAAUGAAGUGGAGCACUAUGGGGUUUUCCAGGUUGGUUCUUCUGACUCUUCCAGCUCUCCUUACCCUCAUCAAUGUCUCACAUGCGGCAGAGAAAGUGCCCAUACUGAACAUUGCCGUGAUCCUGGGUCAAACACGCUACAUCUCCGAUAGAGAUAUACGGGCUCUGUGGAGCAAAGAUGAUCCCAUUGACGUCAAUGUGGUGACCCUGCUGGUGAAUGAAACAGACCCCAAAAGCAUCAUUACCCAUGUGUGCGAUCUCAUGUCCGGGACUAAAAUCCACGGGGUGGUGUUUGGGGACGGCACGGACCAGGAAGCCAUCGCCCAGAUUUUGGAUUUUAUUUCCUCUCAGACUUUGAUACCCAUUCUGGGGAUCCAUGGCGGCUCGUCCAUGAUCAUGGCGGAUAAGGAUGUAAAAUCUACAUUCUUCCAGUUCGGGGCCUCCAUCCAGCAGGAGGCGCUGCUCAUGCUCAACAUCAUGGAAGAGUAUGACUGGCAUGUCUUCUCCAUAGUGACGAGCAAGUUCCCAGGCUACCAGGAUUUCAUUACCAUCCUGAAGACCACAGUCGACAACAGCUUUGUCGGUUGGGACCUCCAGCACACCAUCACCCUGGACGCCGUAGACGGGGACUCCAGGACCCAGAUCCAGCUGAAGAAGGUGCAGUCUCCAGUCAUUCUCUUGUACUGCUCCAAGGACGAGGCGGUUUACAUCUUGGAGGAGGCCCGAUCACUGGGUCUGACCGGUUUCGGCUACAUCUGGAUCGUGCCCAGCUUGACCACGGGCAACCCAGAUAUCACUCCAGAUUCAUUCCCCUCUGGAAUGAUCUCUGUAUCCUACGAUGACUGGGACUAUCCUCUUGAGGCUAGGGUUCGAGAUGGGCUUGGGAUUAUAACCACGGCAGCUGCAGCCAUGUUGGAAGAGUUUGGGGACAUCCCGGAGGCCAAAACCAGCUGCUAUGGCCAAAUGGAGAAAACCAAGCUGCCACCCAGCGCAUUGCACAAGUACAUGAUGAACGUGACUUGGGAUGGCAGAGAUUUGUCCUUCACCGAGGACGGUUACCAGGUGCAUCCCAAACUGGUUGUGAUCGUGCUGAACAAGGACAGAGAGUGGGAAAAGAUGGGCAAAUGGGAGAACCAGAGUUUGACUUUGAAAUAUCCUGUGUGGCCUCGCUUCAACUCUUUUGGUGAUGCAGAGACAGACGACAAUCACCUGACCAUUGUAACUCUAGAGGAGAAGCCUUUUGUCAUUGUGGAGAACGUGGAGCGCCUCACAGGCACCUGCAUGAGAAACUCUGUGCCCUGCCGCAAACACAUCAAAGACAACACCACCGAGGGAGGAGGAACAUACAUUAAAAAGUGCUGCAAAGGCUUCUGCAUCGACAUCCUGAAGAAAAUCGCUCGGAACGUGAAGUUCACCUACGACCUUUAUCUGGUGACCAACGGGAAGCACGGCAAGAAGAUCAACAACGUGUGGAAUGGCAUGGUGGGAGAGGUGUUGAACAAAAAAGCAGUCAUGGCCGUGGGCUCCCUGACAAUCAAUGAGGAGCGCUCAGAGGUCAUCGAUUUCUCCGUCCCCUUCGUGGAAACAGGGAUUAGUGUGAUGGUAUCCCGUAGCAACGGAACCGUCUCCCCAUCAGCGUUUUUAGAGCCCUUCAGCGCGUCUGUGUGGGUGAUGAUGUUUGUGAUGCUGCUGCUGGUGACUGCGAUGGCUGUCUUCAUGUUUGAGUACAUCAGCCCCCUGGGCUUCAACAGGAACCUCGCUCAGGGCAAAGACCCCCACGGACCAUCCUUCACCAUGGGCAAAGCAGUCUGGCUGUUGUGGGGCCUGGUAUUUAACAACUCUGUGCCCGUGCAAAACCCCAAAGGCACCACCAGUAAAUUCAUAGUGUCCAUCUGGGCCUUCUUUGCUGUCAUCUUCCUGGCCAGUUACACUGCCAACCUGGCUGCUUUCAUGAUCCAGGAGGAAUUUGUGGACCAAGUGACAGGUCUAAGCGACAAAAAGUUUCAGAGUCCCUACUCCUACUCCCCUCCUUUCCGCUUUGGAACGGUUCCUAACGGCAGCACAGAGAGAAACAUUCGUAAGAAUUACCCCGACAUGCACCAGUACAUGGUGAAGUACCAUCAGUCCGGGGUGAACGACGCGCUGGUCAGCUUGAAGACUGGCAAACUUGAUGCCUUCAUAUAUGACGCAGCUGUGCUGAACUACAUGGCUGGUAGGGAUGAGGGCUGUAAACUAGUGACCAUUGGUAGUGGCUACAUCUUUGCUACCACUGGCUAUGGCAUUGCGCUGCAGAAAGGGUCGGCCUGGAAGCGCUCGGUGGAUCUGGCCAUUUUGGCUAUUAUUGGAGAUGGUGAGAUGGAAGAGUUGGAGGCUCAGUGGCUGACUGGGAUCUGUCACAAUGAGAAGAACGAGGUAAUGAGCAGCCAGCUGGAUGUGGACAACAUGGCUGGAGUGUUCUACAUGCUGGCGACUGCCAUGGGUCUCAGCCUCAUUACCUUUGUCUGGGAGCACCUGUUCUACUGGAGACUCAGAUACUGCUUCACUGGUGUCUGCUCAGGCACACCAGGCCUGCUCUUCAGCAUCAGCAGGGGUAUUUGGAGUUGCAUUCAUGGCGUUCACAUCGACAUGAAGAAAAAGUCAUCUGAUUUGGACUUCAGUCCACAGUCCAACAUGCUCAAGCUUAUCAAGUCCGCCAAGCAGAUGACUAAUAUGACCAACCUCAGCGGCUCCAGGAUCAACUCUCCUAAACGUGGCGGUGAGUUCAUGCAUUCGGCGAGCCCAAUGAUCAUGGACAUGAUGGCAGAGAAAGGGAACUUCAUCUACACUGACAACCGCAGCUAUGCCCAAAAGGACAUCUACGGAGACUCCAGCGACUUGCAGGCAUAUCUGGCCAACCGUCACAAGGACCAUCUGAACAACUACAUCUUCCAAGGUCAGCAUCCCCUCACCCUCAAUGAAUCAAACCCUAAUACCGUAGAGGUGGCGGUGAGCGCAGACACAGCCCAGACCAAUGCAAAACCCCGAGCUCUGUGGAAGAAAUCUGUUGAUACUUUGCGUCAAACUCAGGGGCCUGAAACCCUAGACCCCCGUUUGUCCAUGAAGAGUCAGAGGUACCUGCCAGAGGACACGGCACACUCAGAUAUCUCUGACUGCUCAAGCAGGGCCACCUCCUACAAGGAUCCAGACAAUAACAAGCACCUGAAGCCCAAGGAUAACUUAAAAAAAAGAUCGAUGACGUCAAAAUACCCUAGGGAUUGCAGCGAAGUAGAGCUGUCCUACUUAAAAAAUAAGCAGGGCGGAACAGGCCGGGAGAAAAUCUACACCAUAGACUCUGACCGGGAGCUGAGUCUGCACUCAGAGCCACAACACUACAGGGAAGGCAGAGGCCUGACAACUGACGAUUUGGAUUUUGCCGAAAUUUACUCAGACCACAACGACAAUUACAGGAAAUGCGACCAGCCCAUCAUCCAUCUCAACAGCAGCCCCCUCCAUCAAGGUGACUCGGACCUUUUGCCAGACAACGUCUACAACAAACACUACAACGUGAAAGAGAAGAACCUCAGUUCUCACGAAAGCAACGACCGGUUCAAACAGACUCAUUGCCGGAGCUGUCUUUCAAAGGUGACCAACUACAGCACUGGGCCGUACGCCGGCCUACGCUCACCAUAUAACCGGUGCGAGGCGUGCCUCCACAUGGGCAACCUGUAUGACAUCAGUGAGGACCAGAUGCUGCAGGAGGCCAUGAUCAGCCCUAGCAUGCACCACGAUGACAUGUUUAGCCACUACUGGCCUCAGACGGAUGGGCCACACGUGCAGAGGAGGAACAGACUGAGGCUCAGCCGUCAGCACUCCUUUGACAAUAUCAUGCUUGAGAAGCCCAAAGAAAUUGACCCGAACCGGCCGGCGCGGAGCGUCAGCCUAAAGGAGAAGGACCGUUUCCUGGAGGACAGCCCUUAUGCAAACAUGUUUAACAUCAAGGCUGACAAACUAUUCGGCAGCAGGUCCAUGCUCUUUAACCGAAACCUGGAGGAAAGCAAGCGUAGUAAGUCACUUUACCCCGAUCACCCCUCGGACAACCCCUUCAUGCAAUCUAUGCGGGAUGACACUCGCCUGGUCCAUGGCAGGAGCUCCUCAGAUAUUUACAAACAGUUGGCUCCCAUCAAAGCUAGAAACGAGAACAAUCUGAGGUCCUCUGAGAAGUCCACCACUUCAUACUGUUCCAGGGAUGGUCGAAUACCCAAUGACAUGUACAUUUCAGAGCAUGUAAUGCCUUAUGUAGCCAACAAGACUAGUGCAUACUCAGCUCCCCGGGUUCUCAACUCUUCGCAGUUUAGCAAUAGACGAGUGUAUAAGAAAAUACCUAGUCUCGAGUCAGAUGUUUAAUGCUUUUUUGUGUAGUUAAACUAUUUACUCACUUAGAAUGCCACAGUCACCUACAUCUACAAAGUACCUGAGAUAUUGCUCCUCUUAUACGAGAGCUUUCCAGAGGUUUUCAGUAUUUUAAGAUGCCUUCUGGGCAGGUAUCUGCAGAAAGAGUGUUAGUCAAGUGUAAGCCAAUAAAAUGUGAUCCGGCAUGGAAGUUGUUCAUUAUCCCCAACACUUGGCCUAGCACUACUGUGUACUCGAAACGCUGAGUGCUAGGACAGAUGUGCCGCUUCAAGUCUGACCUGAAGCUGCGGUGGGCUAAAGCAGAUCCUAGGGUGGGGUUUCAGGUAUUUGACCUCACAUUGCAUGUGACAAGAGUGUAUAUGUAUCUGAUGGACUGUGGCUGGAAUAGUUCCUGAUCUUAAGGCAAGCAAGGAUAUAUCAUCCAUGGUACUCAGCAAUUGCAUUUUUGCUUUUAUUACUAUAGACUUGGGAUUUUUGGCAUUCUAAUCCCUAUUUAGAAUCUAGACUCUUCUCUAUCUUAUUUGGUAGCACAAUAAUCAUUAGUUAACCACCCACCUCUGCUUUAUAAACAGAACUUCUAUAUUACUGUCAGGAAUAGAUUUCUUUUGCAUGUGUGUUUCUUUUCUGGUCUUAUUUCAGUUGAAGAUAUACUUGCAUUAAGGAUUUCGUUCGACAGCUGAGGUGGUCAUCUGUGCAAUGAAAACUUGACCUGUAUGUAGGUUGUUUGACUGGGAAUAUUGUGUUGAUCCUCCAUUUCCAGAUUGUGGGGAAGUUUUUGCGAUGGAAGUUUGUCUUGCAUUUAUUUCGUUCGAUACUUCCAUCCUGUCACUGUACACUGUGAAACCGAAUCAUCAUCUCUCGAAGACUGUUGUUUACUGUAGUUUGGCGGAGCCUCGCUUCGCUGUUGUGAUCCACUCAGUAAGUGUAACGAUGGCCGUGUGUGAAGCUUGAAGUCUGAACUAGAACAUUGGUUUUCUGUUGCAGUCCGUAACACGAUCAACACGCUAUUCGCAUUGAGGACUACCACGCAAGACCUUUGUUCUGCAGACCUAUUACUAAACUAUAUACUGUACAGACACACUCUAUGAACUCCUUGCAAUGUGAAUCAGAACACAUAGCCAAAUCAUGUAUUAGAUCAAAUACCUCAGGAUGGUUCUGUGUCAUUUUGUGUAACAUUUUCUCUACACCACCUAAAGGCACAUUCACAUUGCAUUUGGGCAUGUUUUCCUCCUCUCCGCUAUGUUUGUCUGAGGACUUCCAUUGCAAUUGUGUUUCUUUCAGCCAUCUUUGAAAUGAGCUUUAUGUUUACGACUCCAAUGUCUGUUGGAAAACAGGAUGUGUAUCGACAUGUUGUACGACUGCUCUAGCAGCUUCCACUCUCAUAUCAGACUUGGUUUCUUUCAACUUCCCCAAUAAUGUGACAUAAUUCACCAUACAGUUAUCUUGAAUAUGUCAUCACUGUCAUAAUCAUGAACAUAUUCAUCAUAUGAAGUGCUGCUUUAAGAAGCUAAUGUGCGUAUGCACAUGUAAAAUAUCAAGGUCUUGUAAUCAUAUAUGCCAUACAUAGUUUUUACUCUUUACAACUUGUUUUUCAGUUAUUUUUUCACCCUUGUAAUAACCCCAGUCUUUAAGGAAAAUGUAUUUUGAUUACAUGAACAUGAAUUAU